AUGGAUCACCCGAACAUCAUCAAACUCUUCGAGACCUUCGAAGAUCGAAGACACAUCUACCUGGUGAUGGAGCUCUGCUCGGGGGGAGAACUUUUCGACCGGAUCAUCGAGGCCGGCCACUUCAGGGAAUCCGACGGCGCCAUCGUGGUGUCACACAUCCUGCAUGCUAUCUUCUACAUGCACAAGAUGGAUGUCUGCCAUAGAGAUCUGAAGCCGGAAAACUUUCUGUUCCUGACCAAGGACUCGAUCGACAAGAACAUCCUCAAGCUGAUAGACUUUGGCCUCUCCAGCCCAGCUUCCGACGGGAAGGUUAUGUCCACGAAGGCAGGGACGCCCUACUACGUGGCACCGCAGGUGCUCCAGGGCAAGUACGACAAAUCCUGUGACUUGUGGAGCUGCGGGGUGAUCAUGUACACCAUGCUCUGCGGAUAUCCUCCCUUCUAUGGGAAGACGGAUCACGAGGUGCUUCACAAGGUGAAGUCUGGCAACUUUACCUUUGAUCAGAAGGAUUGGAAGAACGUCUCAGACGAUGCGAAGGCUGCAGUAUUCUUUGAUCCGAUGCUGAUCAAGUUUGAUCCGGCUGAGCGCUACACGGCCGAGCAGGCUGCCAAGUUAGAGCAAGGCACUGCAACACGAGUGGAUCAGGUGCCCGCCUUGGGGGGUCUUUGGAUGCUCAGAGCUCGCUUUGUGCCUCAUGGCCCUGUGUGCGUACCGAAGACAUGGACGAGAGCGAAGCCUCAACUGCCCCUAGCAACAGGCGUGGCGAAGGGCGCCGGCAUCUCGUCAGAGUACACCCGGGUCCAGGCCGAGCUCAUCUGGGCAAGGAAGUCGGUGGAAGAACUCGAGUACGUUCGGAAACGCACCGACAACCCACCGAAGAGCCGGAAGAGACUGGGCAAGCUUGGCAUGUUCGAGCUGGUGCGCUAUCCUACGUACCUUGAAGCCAAAAUGGUCAAGUCGCAGUCCCCCAGGGAAUCGCAGUGCAGUGCUAUUGCGAGCCUCGUCACUGGGAUCGGCCCAACCCGCCUUUCGCAGCUGGAGCCGAGCUUGCCGGUGCCUGUUUGCUCCUCCGACCUAGAGAUUGCGCGUCCUGACGUGGCCGACGAGGCCUCUACAGUUUCCGCAUGCCCAUCUUCUGCACCUCUGCAGAUGCUGAAGUACCAGAACCACUCCUCCGAUUGGAUGAGGAAGAUGGAAGGCCAAGCUCUGUACCCAGGCCCAGCGGGGCCAACCAAGUCCACGCAGUCCCUGAAGAACUCGCUGACGGCGCUGAGCACAAGGCGUCAGAAACCCUUGACAAAGUGA